AUUCAGGAUUGGAAGAAGCUGUCUAUAGGAACAUCCAGGCAUGCAAAGAACUUGCUCAAACCACCCGUACAGCUUAUGGACCAAAUGGAAUGAACAAAAUGGUUAUCAAUCAUCUGGAGAAGCUUUUUGUUACAAAUGAUGCUGCAACUAUCUUGAGAGAGCUGGAGGUCCAGCAUCCUGCUGCAAAAAUGCUUGUGAUGGCUUCCCACAUGCAAGAGCAAGAAGUUGGAGAUGGGACAAACUUUGUCCUUGUUUUUGCUGGAGUUCUUCUGGAGCUAGCAGAAGACCUUCUGAGGAUGGGGUUAUCAGUCUCAGAGGUGAUUGAAGGAUAUGAAAAGGCUUGCAAGAAAGCCCUCGAAAUUCUUCCAGACUUGGUGUGCUGUUCUGCAAAGAAUCUUCGAGAUGUUGAAGAGGUGGCAUCUUUGUUGCACACUUCAGUGAUGAGCAAACAAUAUGGCAAUGAGCAUUUUUUGGCAAAGCUUAUUGCUCAGGCCUGUGUUUCUAUUCUUCCUGAUUCUGGUCAUUUCAACGUUGAUAAUAUCAGAGUGUGCAAAAUUGUGGGUGCUGGUAUCUCUGCUUCCUCAGUACUUCAUGGCAUGGUUUUUAAAAAAGAAACUGAAGGAGAUGUUACUUCUGUCAAAGAUGCAAAAAUAGCUGUGUAUUCCUGCCCUUUUGAUGGUAUGAUAACUGAAACUAAGGGCACUGUACUUAUAAAGAAUGCCGAAGAACUGAUGAAUUUCAGUAAGGGAGAAGAAAAUCUGAUGGAUUUGCAAGUCAAAGCUAUUGCGGAUAGCGGGGCAAAUGUGGUAGUUACAGGUGGCAAAGUGGCAGACAUGGCACUUCAUUACGCCAACAAAUACAAUCUGAUGGUAGUCAGGUUGAACUCAAAGUGGGAUCUGAGAAGACUGUGCAAAACCGUUGGUGCAACAGCCCUACCCAGACUGACUCCCCCUACUCUAGAAGAAAUGGGUUACUGCAACAGUGUGUAUUUAUCAGAGGUUGGGGAUACACAAGUUGUUGUGUUUAAGCAUGAAAAGGAGGACGGUGCCAUUUCUACUAUACUUAUUCGUGGAUCUACAGACAAUCUGAUGGAUGACAUAGAGAGAGCAGUGGAUGAUGGAGUAAAUACUUUCAAAGUACUCACAAGGGAUAAACGUCUUGUUCCUGGAGGUGGUGCAACAGAGAUUGAAUUAGCCAAGCAGAUCACAUCUUACGGAGAGAGUUGUCCUGGGCUUGACCAGUAUGCCAUCAAGAAGUUUGCUGAGGCAUUUGAAGCCAUUCCUCGGGCACUGGCAGAAAACUCUGGAGUAAAGGCCAACGAGGUCAUCUCCAAACUUUAUGCUGUGCAUCAGGAAGGGAACAAAAACGUUGGAUUUGAUAUUGAGGCCGAGGCUGCUGCUGUGAAGGAUAUGUUGGAAGCUGGUGUAUUAGACACGUACCUUGGAAAAUCCUGGGGUAUCAAGCUAGCUACAAAUGCAGCAGUAACUGUCCUAAGGGUAGAUCAGAUUAUUAUGGCAAAAACAGCAGGAGGUCCAAAAGCCCCUAAGCAACAAGGACAUUGGGAUAAGGAUGACUGGAAAGAUGAGCCUGAAAACUAGUAUGCAAUCAUUAUGGCAAAACCAGCUGGUGGCCCAAAACCUCCAUCAGGAAAGAAAGACUGGGAUGAAGACCAAAAUGACUGAACAGUUUAACUGUACUCCUUAAGUGACAUGAUUAUGUGACAUUUUUUUGAUAUUCCGGUUGGAGCCUGUGAUGAUGUUUCGGUCUGUUGCCUUGUAAGUUAUGAACUGUGUCCGAUGGAGUGCAGAACUUGAAACUCUUCAAUAAAAGUACU